AUGGCUCAACUAUCAUCUCAAGGUAAUAAUGCUAUUAUUUACCUUUCGUAUGCUUUUAUGUUAGCAACUGGUUUGUUGUUGGCAUGGAAAUUUCAUUCAGCUAAAGAUUUCUUAUCUUCAAAUGGUACACAAAGAGGUAUACCGUUAGCUUUAAACUUUAUAGCUUCGGGUAUGUUAAAAUUUUAUAUCGACAAACUAAACGGGUAUCCUUCGAGGAUUGAGAUUAUACCGUUUGAACUCGAUCAAGUUGAAACUUGCGUGAGGAUUUAGUUUGUACUAACAAAACUUUUAGCCAUGGGUGUUGGUAUUAUUUCAACUUAUUCACAAAUUGCAAAUCUUUCAGGUUUACAUGGUUUGCUAGUUUAUACUUUAUGUGGAGCUAUACCAAUUGUAGGUUUUGCUGUAUUUGGUCCUAUAAUUAGAAAGAAAUGUCCAGAUGGUUUUAUAUUGACUGAAUGGGUUAGACAAAGAUUCGGAAUUGUGACUGCUUUAUAUUUAUCAUUUUUUACAUGUUUAACAAUGUUUUUAUUUAUGAUUGGUGAAUUAUCAGCAAUUAGAGGUGCAAUAGAAACUUUAACUGGUUUAAAUGCAUUAGGUGCAGUUAUAGUUGAAUGUGUUGUAACGACGAUUUAUACAUUUUUUGGAGGAUUUAAAAUCAGUUUUAUAACUGAUAAUUUCCAAGGUGCUUGUGUUUUACUUUUAUUGAUAAUUUGUGCUUGUGGUAUGGGAUCAUAUAUUGAAAUCGAUCCAUCAAAAGUUGGACCAAGUGGAUUAUUAAAAGCAAAUAAAUUGGGUUGGCAAUUAGUUUAUAUUUUAUUUGUUGCAAUUGUAACUAAUGAUUGUUUCAUGGCUGGUUUUUGGCUUAGAACAUUUGCAAGUAAAACUGAUAAAGAUUUAUGGAUAGGUUGUUCAAUAGCUGCUUUUGUUACAUUUGUUAUUUGUACUUUAGUUGGAACUACAGGAUUUUUGGCUGUUUGGUCUGGAGAUUUAACCGUUGGUAAUGAAGAUGGUUCAAAUGCUUUUUUCAUUUUACUUUCAAAAAUGCCAAGAUGGUUAGUUGCAUUUGUUUUGAUAUUUUGUAUUGUUUUAUCAACAUGUACAUUUGAUUCAUUACAAUCAGCAAUGGUUUCAACCAUUUCAAAUGAUGUAUUUAGAAAUAAAAUUCAUGUAAAUUGGACAAGAGGUUUAGUUAUUUUAGUUAUGGUUCCAAUUGUUGUUUUAGCAGUUACAGUUGCUAAUAAUAUUUUACAAAUUUAUUUGAUUGCUGAUUUGGUUUCGGCAGCUGUUAUACCAGCUAUAUUUUUAGGAUUAUCAGAUACAUUUUUCUGGUAUUUACGUGGAUUUGAUAUAAUGUGUGGUGGUUUAGGUGCAUUAAUUGGAGUUUUCAUAUUUGGUACUGUUUAUUAUGAUAGUGCAAGAGAAGGUGGUAAAUUAUUAUUAAUAUGGAAUGGUAUUUAUGAUCCAGAAGAUUGGGGUGCAUUUGGAGCUUUUGUUAUUGCUCCAGUUGGUGGUGUUGUUAUUUGUAUGAUUGUGGCUGGAAUUAGAAUUUCAGCAUUGUAUAUAUGGUCAAAAAUAAGCAAUAGUGAAUUUACAGCAUUUAAUAAACCUGAGAAUGUGAUAGUCGAAGAAUUUGAACAUGAGUCGGACAAGAAAAGUGAUGUAGUAUAUAGUAUAUAG